AAGGUGUUACAUCUCUUCCAACCCUCUAUGGACCAUUCCAGAAUCAUCACCUUCCCAAAUGGCGAACGUGAUUAUGAUUUGGAUCAAGUUUGUGAAAUUCUCAAGAAAGAGUAUUCAUCGGAUGAUAAAGUUGUUGAAGCGCUAAAUGGGUGUGAGGUAAGCGUGUCAAACAACUUAAUAAAGAAGGUUUUGAAAAGAUUUGAUAAUGACUGGAUUCCAGCUUUUGGGGUUUUCACCUGGGCAAAAUCACAAACAGGUUAUGAGCAUCCCCCUGAGCUUAUAGAGAAAUUUGGUGUUAGCCGAGAUGGAGAGGCAAUUGCUGUGUUAAUGGCUACUUUGGUUAAGGGGAAUGCCUUACACAGUGUUGAUCAUGCUUAUCAAGUGUUUAUUGAGUUCAAGGAACUUAUACAUGCAACAGCAACAACAGCAAAGAUGGCCUCUAAAACUUUUGUGCAGCCAGCAAUUCCUCGCUUUGAUGGUCACUAUGAUCAUUGGAGCAUGCUGAUGGAGAAUUUCUUGAGGUCCAAAGAGUAUUGGAAUGUUGUUGAAUUUGGGGUAGCAGAACCAACCACUGGGAUGUCAGAAGCUCAGAAGGGUGAGACUGUUACUGACUAUUUUUCUAGGACAAUGGCAAUUGUCAACAAGUUGAGGACCCAUGGUGAUAAGACACAAGAUGUUACUGUUGUUGAGAAGAUACUUUGUUCAAUGACACCAAAAUAUAAUGUUGUUGUCUGUGUUAUUGAGGAGGCAAAUGAUCUUGAUGAAAUGUCACUUGAUGAACUUAAAAGUUCCUUGCUGGUACAUGAAAGGAAGCUAAAUCGCCAAGAUAAGGAAGAAUUAGCAUUGAAGGUAUCAACUGAUCACUAUUCUUCAACACCACAUAAAGCUAACAAAGGUAGAGGUAGAGGAAAUAUGGAUCGAAGGAGCCAUCAAACUCAAUCUUAUGAUUCCCAAGGGAAAGGAAGGGGAUGUGGCAAAUUUCACUCAGCAAUUUACAAGCCAAAGUCUGUAGACAAGUCUACUGUUCAGUGCUAUCGAUGCCAUAGGAUGUUUCUACUCCAUCUCAAAACUCCUGGUCAAACAUGCUUCUCAACAAGAUUAAAUGAUGUGGCUUGGCCAUGGCAUUUUCGCUAUGGUCACUUGAAUUUUGGAGGCUUAAAGACACUUCAGCAGAGAACCAUGGUCAUUGGGCUUCCAGAGUUUAAUAGUCCUUCUGAUGUUUGUGAAGAAUGUGUGGGGAUUAAGCGACAAAUUACAGCAGCUUAUACACCUCAACAAAAUGGUGUGUGUGAGAGGAAGAAUCGCACUAUUUUGGACAUGGUACGGAGUCUUUUGACAAGGAGUUGCAUUCCAAAAAAUUUCUGGCCAGAGGCAAUCAACUGGAGCAUCCAUAUUUUGAAUAGAAGUCCCACAUUUGUUGUUAAGGACAUGACACCAAAGGAAGCUUGGAGUGAACGCAAACCAACAGUGGAUCAUUUUAGAAUUUAUGGGUGUGUUGCUUAUGCCCAUGUUCCAGAUCAGAAGAGGAAAAAGCUGGACAACAAGGGAGAAAAAUGCAUCUUUCUUGGUGUUAGUGAUCCACCAAAAGCCUAUAAGCUUUAUAAUCCAAGCACCAAGAAAAUUGUAAUUAGCAGGGAUGUUGUUUUUGAUGAAGAACAGAUUUGGCCAGGGAGUAAAAAUGGUACUAGUAAGUGUAUUUCGGUAGAUUUUGAUGGUGGUGAUGAUGAAGAAAAACAACAAUCAAUUGAGAAUGUGCAGCAGCAACUGGAUAUGGAUGAGCAACAACAAUCCGAAAUGAAUGAGCAACAAUCAGCAUCCACUUCAAAUGCUCUAGAAGAUGCUCAAUCUCCAACAGCAGCCAAAGAGGAUGAACAGAGGCCACAACGGGUUAGAAAGAGGCCAGCAUGGAUGACUGAUUAUGAGAAGGCUAUUGGAGUAAAAUGGGUCGACAAGACAAAGUUGAAGGAGAAUGGUCAGAUUGAAAAAUUCAAAGCCCGCCUAGUUGCCAAAGGUUACAAGCAAGAAUUUGGUAUCGAUUAUAAAGAAGUUUAUGCACUAGUUGCAAGGCAUGAUACGAUUUGCUUGGUAAUUGCUUUGGUAGCACAUAAUUCAUGGCCAUUCUAUCAAUUGGACGUUAAAUCAGCCUUCUUGCAUGGAGACUUGGAUGAGGAGGUAUUUAUUCAUCAACCCCCUGGUUAUGUUAAGGCUGGAAAUGAGCAUAAAGUGUAUAAAUUAAAAAGGGCAUUAUAUGGACUAAAACAAGCCCCACGGGCUUGGUAUAGUCGUAUUGAAUCUUAUUUUCUAAGGGAAGGUUUUGAAAAAUGUCCUUAUGAACAUACACUUUUCAUAAAAUCAGAAGAUGGGAAGAUGCUUAUUGUCUGCUUGUAUGUAGAUGACUUAAUCUACAUUAGAAAUGAUAUGGUUAUGUUUGAUAAGUUUAAGAAGUCUAUGAUGGCUAAAUUUGAGAUGUCAGAUCUUAGAUUGAUGCAUUAUUAUCUUGGCAUAGAGGUGAAUCAAUCUGCAGUAGGUUUGAAGCUUGUCAAGAAUCCUGGGGGAAAGGAAAUUAACAACACUUUGUACAAACAAAUUGUGGGAAGCUUGAUGUAUUUGACUGCAACAAGGCCAGAUAUCAUGCAUGCUAUAAGUCUUAUCAGUAGAUACAUGGACUGUCCAAAAGAAGUUCAUCUCUUGGUAGCAAAAAGAAUUCUUAGGUACUUACAAGGUACAGCUGAGUAUGGUUUAUUCUAUAAAAAUGGAGAAAAGUCAAAGUUUUUCGAGUUCACAAAUGGUGAUUUUGUAAGAGAUCUUGAUGAUAGAAAAAGUACAUCUGGUUAUGUUUUCAUCAUGGGAACAACAGCAAUUUCAUGGACAUCUAGAAAGCAAUCAAUUGUGACUCUUUCAACUACUAAAGCUGAAUUUGUUGCAGCAACAACAUGUGCUUGUCAAGCAAUUUGGUUGAGGAAAGUUCUUGAAGAAUUGCAGAGUAUUCCAUUAUUUGGCCCCUUUUAUUCAACAAUACCUCUGAUUUCAAUUUGUUUCGAUAUCUUGAUAAAUGGUUUUUGCAAAGCUAAGAAGCUAGAAGAUGCUAAGAAUAUUAUGGAUGAGAUGGAGAAACAUGGGUAUCAACCCAAUGUUGCUUCUUAUACCAGCUUUAUUGAGGCUUACUAUCGUGAAAAGGAUCUUAGCAAAGUUGAUGCUGUAUUGGAUGAAAUGCAAGAGAAGGGUUGCAAGCCAAAUAUAGUGACUUACACCCUCGUUAUGAUAGCUCAAUAUAGACUUCAUGGUGCACGUAAAAUAUUUGAGAACAUGGAAAGGCAUAAUAUAAAGCCAAAUGUAUGGACAUAUAAUGCCAUGAUUUCUUAUGCUUGUGCACAUUCGAGAGAAGAGGAGGCAUUGAAAUGGCUACAGAAAAUGGAAGAGGAUUCAUGCAAGCCAGAUCGUCUUACUUGCUCACCAUUGCUUCAUUUGUGCUUCAGGAAGAAUAGGAUGAAGGUGCUGAACUUUCUGUUAAACCACACGUUUAAGAAUGACCUAAGUAUUGAUCUUGGAAUAUAUGCUCUUCUGGUGAGUGGAUUUUGUAAGAGUGGGAAACCUGAGCUGGCUUGCUCAUACUUAAAGGAAAUGGUGCUUAAGGGAAUGGUCCCCUAUCAGUCAAUAUACAAAGUGCUGGUAAUGGAACUUGAUGAAAGGAACGUGGUUGAAACAGAGCAAUGGAUUGAAAAUUUGAUGGUCCAGGCAGAAGAGGGGAAGCAGAGCGUCCUGGGUGUAUAAAGAUAAAUGCUCGUGUUAAAU